AUGACAUUCAACAUUGCAAGUUGUCAUGAAUCCCAACGUGGAGUUAUCGAUGUAGCACAUACAAUAAAAAUUGAACAGUCUGAUAUAAUCGCUGUGCAAGAAGUUGAUAGAUUUACACAUCGAUCAGGUACUGAAAUUGAUCAGUCAUAUGAACUUGCACAUCUUGCUGGUUUGUCUUAUUCAACAUUUAUUCAUUCGAUGGAUUUUAAUGGUGGACAAUACGGAAAUGCUAUUCUAUCUCGACAUCCAUUUGAUGCUAUUGAAUUAAAUCAUUUGAAUGGUCAUGGUCAAGGUGAAACACGAUCGCUUGGAAUUAUUUCAAUGAAAAUAAUGGAUAAAUAUCGACUCUAUUUUGGUGUUAUGCAUCUUGAGCAUGAAAUCAAAAGUUUGCGAGAAGCACAAACGAAAGAAGCCAUUGAAUUAUGUCGAUGCAUUGUACCCGAAAAUGAACCUUUUAUUCUGGCUGGCGAUUUUAAUGAUUCACCAACUAGUCGAACACUUGAACUUCUAUUAACAAAUGGAGAAUUUCUACUAUCAUGUGACAAAUGUCCAAAGACUUUUCCAGCUCAUAAUCCUAAUCAAACUAUUGAUUAUAUAUUGUUGAAUACAAAAGCAAUGGAAAUAUUCGAAUUGAAAAGUUAUCGAACGUCGAACACUGAAAAAACAUCCGAUCAUCUUCCAUUAAUUAUGGAACUUGAAAGAAAAUAA